GGUACUUGAAUAGCAAGCAAACAACCCCUCAAUAUAUGUCUGUAAGGAUUCAUAGCAAAUCAUAGCAAAAAACAUUGAAGGAAACACACUGCCGUAGUAUGUACAUACAUAUCUACAUAUUUGUAUCACGGUCGGGUAUUAAUUGACACAUACGAGCCCACCAACUGCAUCGACAAGACAUGUCAAACACAUGCACACAUGCCAGUUAUUGCCGAACCCCUGAACCCAAACACUGUCUGUAUUACCAGCAAAGCCCAAUGAAAAUUUAGAAAUUCACAGAACCUUGAAGGAAGCAAAGAAAGCAAAGAAAGCAAAGAAAGCAAAGAAAAUCAAUCAAUCAAUCAUCAAUCAUGCUAGGGACAAUCUGUCUCCCCCACAAACCCAACGCCCCACUGUCCUACAGGUUCGUGCCGGGACAGGGUCCCCUAUCGACGACACACCUCGUCGUCUUCCUCAACGGUCUCCUCCUUCCCCACACCAGCUGGCAGGCCACCAUAGAAGAUCUGCAGAGGAGAUGGGCCGAGAGCGGCGCCGAGCAACCCCUGCACCAUGACCAUGGCCAUGAUCACCGUGGCCACAAAGAUGAUGGCCACCGUCAUAACCACCCGUCUCUGCUUGCCUACGACCGCUACGGCCAGGGCGAUUCGGUCCGAGACCCAGCGGACGAGGGCGGAAGCCACGAUAUCCGCGAGGUCGUCCGAGACCUCCGCGUGCUGACGCAGGAGAUCUGGAAGCUCCAUAGCCAUGUGUCCGGCAGCAGCAGCAACAAUGGAGAAGGACGAACGGAAGCAGAAGAAACCAACCCCAACCCACCAAACCUAAUCUUCAUAGCCAACAGCAUCGGCUGCCCCCUCGCGCGCCUCUUCGCCACCACCUACCCGGCUUCCGUCUCCGCCCUCCUCCUCCUCGACAGCAACAUCGCAAACAGCGACCUCGUCUCCCUGUUCCCGGACCCGGACGCCCCCGCCUUCGACCCCGCGACCGCGCACCUGCCCCCCGACGUCACCGUCGCCGACCUCCGGCGCGCGCGCGCCGCCUACGCCGCCCUCUUCCACCCCUCGGUCCCGAACGCCGAGCGCUGGGACCGGCGGAACCUCGCCUCGCUCCUGCCGCGCGCGGACUCGCCGGCGCUGGGCGAGGCCUGGCUCACGGUCGUCGGCCACGACUGGGCGACCUUCGCGCUGGAUGGGGAGCGCGGGUCGCUGGGCGUGCCGCGGAGCCUGACCGACGCGUACGUGAACCCGGCGUGGGCGCGGUACAACGAGGGGCUGGUGCGGCUGGCGCGGGGGGGGAGGGCGCGCGGGCCCGUGAUUGCGGUCGGCUGCGGGCACUUUAUCCAGAGGGAUGAUCCGCGGCUGGUUGCGGAGCUGGCGGAUGAGUUGAUCCGGAGGGUGAGGGAGGAGGGCGAGGCUGUGGUGGUGGUGGGAGGAUUGGAGGUGGGUGGGUAGGAUGUGUGUAGGUACCCAAGGUAGGUAGGUACUGUAUGUACGGAUGUGUGUGUGAGCGUGUGUGUGACUGGGUGGGUAACGCGAGCCCCUUGCCUGUGCUUCAAUGUUGUCGUCAUCUCCGGGUAGGUACCUGGGUACGCCAGAGCCUCGAUGAGGUCUCACAACAUACUGGCUUCCACGGUAUAUCGGUGUAGCUAUCAUAGGGGGGGUCACCGGUGGUGAUAAUACAGCCUCGGUAGCCUCGGAUGCUUGCGAGCGUCAUCAGCCAAUGCACCUACCCUUAAGAGUGCCUACCUAGGUAAAUUCUCCGGUCGUAAAUCGAUCUAUAGAUAUGUAACGAUCAAAAUAUCAAUUAUGCUAUCAAGGCAAUCUGUCUGGUUGCUGCUCAACAUCCCGUUAAGAUAGUAGUUAAAAAAAAAAAGUCGUUACAACGUUGCGUGUUACGUAGUAUCAGA